UCUCCCGGCGCGCGUUGCAGGUGACGCAUGCGCAGGGGGCCGGAUUUGGGCCGGCGAGGGAAGAAGGGGAGCGCUGGUCGGUGGACGUGUCGCUUGUGGUGCAGCGAGGGGAGGGGAAGGGAAGGGAAGCAAAGCAGCGAGUCGGAUUCUGAUCGAGACGCGGGGAUCCUCUCGGCCCUCGCCCGUCGUCACCAUGCACCCAGGCUUCGCCGUCGGCCUGGUGUUCCUGGGGUGCAGCAGCAACGUUGUGUUCCUGGAGUUGCUGGUGAGGUGAGGCUGGAGCAGGUCUGGCUGAUUGAUGCCCCUCUCAGGGGCAGAGAUUUCCCAGGAUGUGGGAACAUUGUGACAUUUGGACAGUUCCUGUUUAUAGCAUUGGAAGGCUUAAUCUUUCAAGCUCACUUUCUCACGAAGCCCCGGGCAAUUCCUUUAAGGAACUAUUUCGUUAUGGUGACCAUGUUUUUCCUCGUGAGUGUUGUUAAUAAUUAUGCCCUCAACUUCAAUAUUCCAAUGCCUUUGCACAUGAUCUUCAGAUCAGGCUCUCUGAUAGCCAACAUGGUACUGGGAAUCAUCAUUUUAAAGAAAAGAUACCCAGUUGCAAAGUAUAUUUCAAUCGUUCUGAUUUCACUGGGGAUAUUUAUCUGUAUGUUUAUGUCUGCAAAACAAGUGUCUUCAGAUACAAGUGUCUCUGACGAUGGCAGCCAUUCUGCAUUUAUUCAGUGGUUGAUAGGUGUUGCUAUGCUAACCUUUGCACUUUUCAUGUCGGCCAGAAUGGGCAUCUUUCAAGAGACGUUAUAUAAGCAAUUUGGGAAGCACUCCAAGGAGGCACUGUUUUACAAUCAUUUCCUCCCAUUACCUGCCUUCAUCUUAUUUGCCUCAGACAUCUACAAUCAAGGAAUCCUCUUCAGCCAGUCUCAAACAAUUGAACUUGUGCCACUAGGAAUGUCCAUGCCAAUUAUGUGGUUUUACUUUACAAUGAAUGUUCUAACUCAAUAUGUUUGCAUCCGAGGUGUUUUUAUUCUCACAACAGAGUGCACAUCUCUAACAGUCACACUUGUUGUGACACUUCGCAAAUUUGUCAGUCUGAUUUUCUCCAUUGUUUACUUCAAGAACCCCUUUACCCUCUGGCAUUGGGUUGGGACAUCAGUGGUCUUUGUUGGAACCCUCACGUAUGCUGAAGUUUGGAAAACCUUGAAGCCGCUUAUGUACAGAAAGAGAAAGGAGCAGUAAUUUUCUCCGGGGCAAUGUCAAGAUCCAAAGAAGUUACAGAGGAUCCCCAGUGGCAACAGAGAAUGGGUGGUCUUCAGGUAUUCUUCGAGAAUACUUUCUUUUUAGGAAAGUCUGCAUUUAUUCAGAAUAAUAAAUUUAAUUGUUUCUUUCUUGUGAGAACUCUAUUCUUAUCACCUCCCUCCCAUUUCUGAACUUUAGAUCAGGUAAGUCUGUAAAUGCUACAUGGAACAGUUCAGUUGUCAAAAAGACAACCAUGUGAAGUAAUGUUCAUAUGAUGCUUAAAAGUAGCAUAGUAAGAUGUGUAAAAAUUACUUAUUAUAACUGCAUUUUUAGUAAAAUUUAUUGCUUGAAUAGAUGGUUCGGUGCUGGGUUAAAACUUUGGGAGACCGGAUGGCACUGUGAGUUUAAUACACUGUCUCAUGAGCUUUGACUUAGUUCCAUGUCUAUGUAAGAUUGAUUGAGACGUUUAUGGCAUUGGAACACAUCAAGUCAUAAAAUAAGAGGUUUAUACUUAUCAUAAAUUUGUGGGGGGGGGGGGAAUCCUUAUCUGCUGGAAUUGGGUUUGGCGGUUCUAUCUAUAAUCUUCCGUUACGCAAAAGCAAAAUAAAUAGCAGGAAUAGGUCUUUUGGCCUGUCAAGUCUGCUGUACCAUUCUGUACCCCACAUUCCUUGAUUUCUUUAAAAUCAAUUGCUUGAAUAUAGUCUGCCUCCAGAGUUUUUUUAGAUGGUGAAUUCCAAAGAUUCAAUCCCUUUUAAUAUUGGGAUUCUGGGACUAUUUCAUUUAUUUGAGGAAAUAUAUUUCACUAGCUUAAGCCUGUGGGAAUGUGGGGGUCACUGUUUAUAACACAAGUUUUAUUGGAUAUAAUAACCUUCAACAGUACAUAUAACAUCAGUUAUGUCCUCAGCAACUACAAUAACAAAUGUGAAGGGGGUAAAUGACAGUCUUCAGUUCAGUGUUCCUAUAUUAAAUAACAUUCUCAGGGAUGAACAAAUACACAGAGAGGUAUUUUAGAGCAUGUGGACAAUAGGUUUUUAUUCAUUUGGCACCAAUUAGUGCCCAAAUCUCACCACCAGUGAAAUCUUACCACAACAAUGUUGUUAACAUUUGUGAUCAAGCCUAAAGGUGAUAACAGUGCAGAUGAAGAACAGGGAGAUUGAAGUUGUAGAUCUUAAAAACAAUCCUUAAGCAUGAAGUGAGAUAAAGGUUGAUGGAACAAAUUUCAAGUGUAGUUGUUCAUGUAGUAAUUAAGUUUGGGAGUAAUUGCAAGAACAAAAUUGGAGUACAGAUGUGGUGGACGAUUGAAGACCGAAUGGAAAUUAAAGGGAAAGGGUGAAACCAUGAAGAAAUUUGAAAGCAAGGAGGAGAAUUGUCAAAUUGAUGCUUAACCAGGAACGGUUUAAGAAAGAACUACAGAUGCUGGAAAAAUCAAAGGUAGGCAGAAAUGCUGGAGAAACUCAGUGGGUGAGGUAGCAUCUAUGGAGAGAAGGAAUAGGCAACGUUUCAGGUCUCGACCCGAAACGUCGCCUAUUCCUUCUCUCCAUAGAUGCUGCCUUACCCGUUCUGUUUCUCCAGCAUUUUUGUCCACCUUCACCAGGAACUAAUUGUUCUCGUGAGGAAAAUGUUGAAAGACAUUUGCUGGAGUUUAAACUUAAGAUCUUGAGGAGUCUGGUUGUGGAGACGAUUUAUAACAAGGGUUACUGUUAAAAAACAGAGUUGCCCAUUUAACACAGGAAGAGGUGAAACCUUUUUCACUUUGAGGGUGGUGGUUCCCUGGAACAAACUGCCAGAGAAGAUAGUGAAGCAGGUACUAUAAUAACAUAUAAAAGACAUUUAGACAGGUACAUGGAUAGGAAAGAUUGUGGAAUGUGGGCAAGAAUGACUAGCUUAGACAGGGCAUCUUGGUUGGCAUGGGCAAGAUGGGCCGAAGGGCCCAUUUCCAAGCUGAGUGGCUCCAUGGGUCUUUAGUGACUUUGUUCCUAAAAUAGACUCUAUUAAAAGGAGAUAAAAGGUUACUUUGUUUAGACUGGAAUGCAUAGCUGUGGUUAGUCAUGUCAGCCAUGCUCUUGUUGAAUGGUGGAACAAGUUUGAAGGGCCGAAUGGGUCCACCCUGGUCUUUAUUUAUUCAUGGCUGUAAGUGCAGGGGUAAUUGGUGAACAGUGCUUUCUGUGUUGGGAUGUGGGUAGCAGAGUUGUGGAUGACGUUAAAUUUAAGAUGCUUGAAAGGGGGAAGUCAAUCAUUCAUAUGCUGGAAUAGUUAAGCCUAGAUUUAACAAAGGGUGUGUGGAUGAAGGUUUCUGGAGCAGAUUUGCUGAGGUAGGCAUAGAGUAGGGCAUAUUACAGAUAUGGUAAAAGAUACUCUUGGAGCUUCAACUCCAAGGCUAUGGGUUAGUUUAAAUUUUAGUUGCUGUCAGGAAAUUGGAUUAACUCAGUGGCGAAGGUACAGAAUUGUGAUGGGAAGUGAAUUGAGAGCAAGUGGCUGUCACCAUUUACACAUGGAAAACAAAGCCAGUUUUGGAUAAGUACAUAAAAGAGUAGAAGGGGCCCGAGUCACAGACCUUUUGGGUGGGAGUGGGAUGUGGGUUGCUGCUGUUGUGAAAGCAUCAGACGAUAUAAGAAGGCAAUUCCCAGACCGAAGUAUAGCAACAGGUGUUUUGAAUCCCACCCGUGCUGAGUAGUGAUGUAUUUUAAAAUGUUAGUUCUAUCCCCCCCCAGCUUCAUUCAUAUUGUAAUUAAAAAAUGUUUAAUAAAAAAGCUGAAUUCCAAUGCAAAUCUGAAUGCUGUCAGAAUGUAGAAGAGAAUGUAAGGUGAGCGAAUGCCUACAUUUGUCAGUUACUGCACUUAAAGUAAUUCAUUAUAUUAAAUAUUUAAGUAUUUCCAAUUUCUGUAAGUAUUUUAACAUCUGCGACAGGCUGGUUUCUUCAUAAAUGUUGACACUUGAGAUUUUACUGUUUAUUUAUUGAUUCAUUUCCUGUUCAAUGUGAGAAAUUUGCUGGAAUGCAAAAUAAUUAUAUCUCUAUCACUCCUCCCCAGUGAAUCUUGCACGUUAAUUAAUCUAAAAUCAGUAACCAUCGAUGGCACACCUAACUAUAUUUUCUUCCUCCUUGGUUAUCACAAUUCAUGUGCUUUGAAUAUGCUGUCUGGGAACAUUUUUUAUGUAUAAAACCACCUGUGGCCCCAGACGCGAAGAAAAUGGGGCAAUAUUCCUUAUUUAUAAUAUCAAACCAAGGCAAGUUUUGCACAUUAUGGUCUGCCUCUGGCAGUAAAUUUUAACAGGAUCACUUGAAAGUAAGCGAUAAAAGUUGUAAACAUUUAAACCUCUACAACAGCAGAAGAGCCUUUGCCUAGUUGAGUUGUGAAAACCUUUGCCUAUUGCAUUGAGAAGGUAGCUUUUUGUCUAAAAUGUGUGCUUGAUCGGGAUCAGCAUUCUGCUUGUGAUGUUCUUUCCUCAAUAAAAUGCAUUACUUUCCAUUU